CAAAGAUGGGAAUGGAAGGGAGGAAAGCGAGACGCGGAGAGAGCACGAGAGAACCAAAAUUGAGCCAAAACCUGAAGUGUAUCUAGGAUACAGUGACUCACUGUCAUGCCGUUACGAGCGCGCCGCACAUCCACGCUCGUUCGGGUUUCCCAGUCUAGGCGUCGGAAGGAAGCGGUCCGAAUGCUGCGCGGCGCCGAGUUGCAGAACCGAUAGCCGAUAAGCGAGUGGAAAAAUACCGAUAAGCCUCCCCGUGGUAUGCGGGGCUUCGUGACGCAACGCCUCACCGGAAUUCAAUGGCCACAGGAAAGGCGUCACGCGUUUAACAAAACGCACGAACGUCGACCGUGUCACUCCGUCCCUGAACAGCGACGGUGACGGACCACCUUCGCUCGAAAACGUUGGUGUCAAGACUUUUUCAGAAGACAGAGGGAAAGAGAGAAAAGGGAAAAAAACAAAAGUGGAAAAAAGUGUUUGAGAGCCAAGAGUCGCCCCUUGGCCGGUGCAACAGAGGACGUGUUGGUUUCAAGGUCGUGAGAGCGGACCCUUCGCCAUGGGGGGGCGGCACGCGUCCCUCGCGGUGCCCGUGUACUUGGCGGCGCUGCUGUGGUGCGCGAGCGCCAUGAGCAGCCGCAGCACGGAGGACUUCACGUCGUCGCUAAUCUGGGCGCCACUCUACCUCAAGUCGCCCUACGUCACCUUCAUGAACGACUUCCAGACGCCGACGUGGCGCACGCGGCACCCGCUCACCAAGGAGCCCGAGCAGCUGCGCGACCUGCGCCUGCCCCGCGGCGUGCCCUUCUCCGUCAUCUGCGGCGCCUGCUUCCAGCGCUCCAUCGUGGCCACCAACCUCACCGUCAGCAUCUCGGGCCACGAGUUCCAGAGCGUGCCCAGGAAGCGCAAGAACAACAAGUACGAGUACAACGUCAGCUACAACGAGUGCCUCAUGACGUACCUGAUCACGGCGCCGAUCGAGAGCGACGGCCGCGUCACGUGCACGCUGCACCGCGGGUCGCACCGCACGGUGGAGGAGAUCACGUUCCGCGCCGUGGACGUCGAGGUGAGCACGCCGCCCGAGGAGCUUGAGUCCGACAAGAUCCCGCCCACGCUGGAGCUGCACUGCCCCCAGCCGGAGGUGCCGCCCACCAACGCCAACCCCGUGGUGCGCGUGUGGCACGAGGACGCACAAGACAAGGGGCGCCAGGCCGUGGGCAGCCCGCUGUCCACCAUGCGCCCCCUGCUCAAGCUGUCGCGCCCCAAGCACACGCGGCACGUGGCCUGCUCCGUGUACCACAUCGCGGCGCCGCAGAAGGUAUACCAGACGCGGUACACGGUGCGCGGGACGCAGGCCGUCGUCAAGAAGGACUUCCGCGUGUCGGGCGAGCGGCUGGAGCUGGAGGAGGACGCCGAGGAGCUGGCGCCGCGCAUCUCGCUGCCCAACUCCGUGCUGGGCAUCAUCAUAACGGCCGUGGCGGUGUGCCUGCUGCUCACCGUCAUCGGCCUCUACCGCUUCGUCUCAGCGGCCAGGCGGCACUGACGGCGGCUCGGCUCCGCGUCGCUCAUACGGCUCGUGUACAGUCUUUAUUGCUCAGAUUUCUGAGUGGAUCCGUGUAGCUACGUUUGUACAGUGUUUCAUCUUUCAAAUCUUUUGUAAAAAAAAAAUAUAUAUAUAUAAUUAUGUUUCCUCUGCAUGCACAUCUCUCACACUUCAUUCAUACAAAUAAUUUAUUUUGAUAUGAAUCUGCGACUUUGUAUCUGCUUUAAGGAUAUAUUUUAUGACGCAAACCUGUUCACCGAUUUGUCUCCUACGGAUAGGUUUAAGCCGACGGAGUUGCUAAGCGACAGCUGGCAACGUGAGAGGAGUUACCAAGUAACGGCAUGAAUUGUUAAUAAAAGUGUACAAUACAUGAA